GGCGGGAAAGUUGGCGAGCGUGUAACGACACGUGUAAAUAGUUUUAUGUACAUACAUACGUACAUACAGUGUUAUUUAUGAAAAUUUAUGAAUAAUGUGUGAUUUAGAAAAGCGUGAAUAAUUCUUAUGAUAGUAAUAAAUAAUAUUUUUAUCACAUUUUUAAUAUUAUAAAGCACAAAAAUAAUAAGAAAGCAAGGAUUUGAAAUAUGGAGCACGAGGACAGUGAUUCUGAUCUAGACAUCUUGAAUAAUUUAAUAUCAAAUGAUAUCGAAGAGACAGGUGGUGUUGAAGAGAAAGAUAAUGACCAGUCUAAGUAUCUUGAACAAUCUAAAUCAUUUGAAUCAAAGAAAACUUUAACAGAAUUACAAUUUAACUUCUUAGAUUCUAAGCCUUGUAAUAUAAAUAAUGAGAAUAAAUUAGCUGAUGAGAAAAUUAGCAAUACACUUUAUGAUGAUAAGCUUGAUUCUUCAGAUGAUGAAGACAGACGUUAUUUUGAAGAGCAAAAAUAUUCCAAUUAUGGACGUGAAAUAAAACAGUUAUUAAAAGAGGACUCCUUUCUGAAGACUGAACAGCCCGAACAAAAAUUACAGCAUAAGAAUAAUAUUUUUAAUAAUAGUAAAAAUAAGACUUUUGAUUUCAAUAAUACCAUAAAGGGUAGCAAUAAUAACAGUAUUAUAAAGGAUGUGUAUAGCGAUCCCUUCUUUGGAAUAAGAAUAAUUAGUCCUCUCAUAUCUUCUACUGAAUUGAAGGAACGUAUGAAAGACAAAAUAGUUGUAACAAUAUCAAGAGUAAAGAAUCAUAUAAAUUCUGAUAAUAUACAUAACGACUGGGUAAUCGCUGGUGUAUUAAUCAAUAAGUCAGCUACAAAAACUUCGCAGAAGGGAAGUUCUUAUUGUAUCUGGAAAAUAAGCGAUUUGUCUGAUGAUUUGAAAACUGUGUCUAUUUUUCUAUUCAGUAAUGCCUACAAACAAUUAUGGAAAACAAUCACUGGCAGUGUGAUAGGUAUUCUCAAUCCAAACAUACUCGAGAGUAAGGACAACAUCGACCAAGCAACUCUAUCAAUCGAUAAUCCUCAGAAACUGAUGAUUUUUGGUAGAUCCAAGGAUAUGGGUAAAUGCAAAUCGAUCAAAAAGAAUGGCGAUCCGUGCACUGCGAUUGUAAAUACAAGUCGAUGCGAGUACUGUGUCUAUCACGUUAAACAGGAAUAUAAAAAAUGUACGCGACGAGCGGACCUACAAUCGAGUAACAAUGCAUAUGGAUUUACUGGAGAUGCAUUGAAGCGCAUGAACAAGCAAAUUGAUACACGAAAACCUUAUAACGGUCUGGCACCGUUUGUACCAGUACUGGCUAAACGCAAUGAGAAGCUAUACGAGAAGGAUCGCGCACGUUUGGAAUUGCUAUCUGAAACCAAUUCAGGCAAUGAUAUUGAAAAAGCGAAAAGUGAUUUGAAAUCGAAGGUCAAUGUGAAUGCUAAGAAGAAGGAAGUGACUGUGGAACUGACGAACAAACAAUCGAGGAAAGAUUUUGAACGACUCAAUAAACUGAGAGGCUGGCAACCCUCAAAGCAAGUAAUAGUACAAUCAACGCCCAAUGGACCAGUUCUAUGCUCCAGUCCGAUACAAUCAAAAGAAAGUAAUUAUACACCAAACAAACCUAAAAACAAUCACAUAGAUAAGAAGAUUAGUUUGGUCUCUUUGUCUUCAAAUCCGCAACUGGGAGGGGGAUGUAAUCAAAGUACGAUAGAUUUCUCCGAGCCCAUCACCAAGCAACAAAUUCGUACCGCCAAGAUGAACGCGAUCAAGUGGGUGCAAGAGCAUGGAAAAAUCAAAGCGAAGAAUCCCAAUCAGAUACGAAUAAGUUCAAAAGAGAAACUGGAUAAAAACGCGAAACGUCAGAGAGAGAAUGAUGAGCAGGAAGAACGAAGUACAAAAAAGAUAAAUAUAAAUAACAAAUUCAAAGAGAUUCUAGAAGCCAAAUCUUCGCAUACAGAUUUGAUUGAGAAAUCCUAUGAUGAAGAAAAGGAAAAGUAUUUUAACAAAUUAGAAGUAAAGGAAAAGAUGGAAGAAAAGAUGAUGAACACUUUCAAGAUCAAUUGUAAAGCUGUGAAAUGUGCAAUAUGCAAGUACACGGCCUUCUCAGCAUCGGACAUGUGCAAGGAACAAAGACAUCCGUUGCGUGUGAUCGAUGCUAUUAAGAGGUUUUUCAAAUGCGCCGAUUGUGGCAACCGGACUGUCAGUCUAAAUCGUAUGCCGUCACACAGUUGCAGCAAGUGCAGCAGCUCAAAUUGGGCCAGGGCGGCAAUGAUGGAUGAGAGGAAGACCAUUAUUGCUACAGAGACUCUAUCUAUACGUGGCGCCGAAGAGAAAUUCCUAGGUUCAAUCGUGAAAGACGCAAAUCUUAAUCUUCUUGUCCCGGAUGAAGAUUAGUAAAUUCAAUUACCUCCCUUUCUCCCCGUCGAUAUUCUAGCUAAAUUAAGAAAUUGUAAGUAUAUAGUAAAAUAUUAAAGAAAUGAUGAGAGACGAUAUUGGUCAAGAUAUAAAUUGAUAGCAUGUUUUACGUACACUAGCGAAAAAGUAUUUGUUUUAGAAUAUAGAAAUUCAAAUGGCGUUGGAAAAUGCUACGAUAUUGUUGCCAAGAUAUAUUACUUUAUACAAUUAUUAUUUUUUAAUAUUUUUGUCUAUAUAUAUAAUGAAAAUACAUAGAAAAUUUGAAGAUUUUACCAUGACGAAUUUACUAUCUGAAUCGAAUUAUCAUUGGCUAAAAUUAUUAAAACGACGCGAAACUUGCUUAUCCCGACUGAUUACUUAUUCCUAUAUAUUUUAUAUCUUAGAAUCUACAAAUACAGAACAUUUGAUAUCCUUUUGUUUAUUGUCAGUAUUAUCAAUUUUCUUCUCUUUUUUUUUUCACUUUAUGAAAAAUGUACAAAUAUAAAGAAAUCCUAAGAGUGUAUCUCUUGCACAUUUCCGAAAUGAAAUACAUUGAAUCUUCUCCGUCCGAAAUGUACACAGCGAGCAAAAAUGUUUUGAUAUACAACCAGGUACAACAAUCGUAUAAAAAACAUUAUCAUCUCGAUUACGUGAUUUCACUAAAUUACGUUUGAGGUUUGAUAUUUAGGCUGAGGAGAAUCAUUAUUUCCUUUCCCGUUCAACAAAGCUUUCUCAUACAAAGAUACCUUUUCUCCUUACGAGAAAAGUACUCUUUCCUUCAUACAAAAACGAUAUGCACUGUGUAAAAAGAUAAACAUCAGCAAAUUUCUUAAUAUAAAGAAUUAUAAUUGGGGUCCGAAAGCAUCGCAUUGACAUAAGUUACUAUAUAUCAAUAUUAUAUAAUACAUAUAAUGCAUUUAGAAACCAUCUGAGUUGGAUUUUCCGCGAUGUGUUAUGUCAAUAUAAUAACUCCGGACAUUAAUAACUAUCUGUUUGUAUGAGAAACAUAGAUUGUAUUUUUUCACUCAUAUACUGUUUAAUAUCCUAUGGUUGUCCACAAUUCUGUUCGGCAUUUUAUAUUUAUACAAUGACACGUUACUCUUUUCCUUGUAUAUAAAACUUCGAAUAAAAUAUGCGUGAGAAAAAGAAGAUUAAAAAUAAUGAUUAAACUUCAGAGUAUUACUUACAAAU